AGCGAUAUUAACGAAGUUACGGCUGUGCAAUAGCGGUUUAUAUCUCUUACACGCGAAUUGCCAUUCUGUUUCCACAUUUGUUUUAGGGUCAGUCACAUACCCAUUGUUUUCAUCGAUCAGAUGUGGCAUGUUUUGCAAUGCCACAACGAAGCUGCAGUGUGCUGUGUGAAGACAGGGUUCUUCAUAUUUGGGGGCAGCUGACAGAAGGAAAUGGUGACAUGAUGUCCGGGGCAGCGGUUGGCAACAAGACGACAGGCGAUCGGGCUUUGCAGCAGCAGAUACAAACUGUCUGGAAGACUCUACAGGAUACGAGGAGUAACUUGUUCAUCUGCGACACUCUCAUUCGCCAAAUAGUGAAGCCGGCACCUGCCAUCGGUGCCACGGUGUCACGACAGAUGCCCGAGACAUCCGUGCAGACGGACGUCUGGCCCGUGACGAGUGUGGGUACCCAGUGUGUGUGUGGCACUGUGGAGAACGAGUGCUGCCAGACGGCCCCUGAACUCUGCACCCGGGGCGUGCAGGCCAAGGAUGUUGCUGCCACCGUGCGGAACAAAUACUGCCAGGCAGUCGCCGAUGUCGCCACAUCAGCUGUCCAGACGGUUGGGGCAGGGGAGCCGCUGUGUGACGUCAGCGCCGCUGGAGACGAGGAGCGCCUGCCGCUGGUGGAGAGGGGCGCCGGCUGCACGGUGCCACACAGAGAAUACCAGCGUCUGAAAAGAAAGACCGACGUCCUUAAGAGAAGGCUGCGUGCAGAACGGGCUAGAAAUGUGAGGGUGCUGUCCGGAGACUCAGCUUAUCGGCUGUCUGCUCUGCGCCUGGCGACGCUGGCCCUGUCCAUACAGGAGUCCUACCAGGAGAUGCUUCUGGACCUCGGGAGCUUGCUGCAGCAGUUGGCAGCCCUGGUGUCGGACACACCCUCGCCCGUCACCCUGCCUCCCCCAGAAGGUGUGGGUGGCUGGUACCGGCAGGUGCGCGACCUCGCCGUUGCCGCGCUCAGAUCCAUAAUUGAAAAUCAGACAGAAAUCGGCCGAGUGAGAAUCGAAGUCAGAGAAGUGCCCAGUCAAGAGCUGCCACCUGCGGGAAACAGUCGACGUGACAGAGAUCUGACGAUGCCAGUCACCUCGGAAGGGCACCGUACUCGGCCACAAGCGACUCGUCGCGUUCACGCCCUCAGUUCUCACGAUGCCAGUCGACGAGAGUCCUCUCGCACCUCGGCCGAGGCGAGGCAGAAGAGCAGUACGAGUGGAGACACUGGUGACGACCGGUCCACCAGGGUGUGCGGGGGACAGUUUUCUCAGCCCGGUAUACAGCUGCAAACUGUGAUCUGUUCGUCAAACAAGUCCACACCGAGGGAAAACCCGACCGGGAGUGACAGCAGUUUCCCGCACAGACGACGAGCACUAAACGUGGAGACGGCAACGCGCGCAGGUCGGGCGCGCGAGUGCUCGCAGUCUCACCAGAUGUGUGACAGCGACCUCGGCCCGUGCCUCCAGGCGAAGGGUCGCGGAGACGAGAGCCGGCCGCACAGAAGUGGCGACAGCUCGUCCGACGAGGAGAGCGCCGUCGACAUCGCCUGCUGCUCGCACUCCUGUCACCACCACACGUACCUCCGGACGUUCGUCGAGUCGCAGAAAAAGUCACGGCCACGCAAGGAAACGGAGGACGCUUUAGGUGUCGAUAACAGUGGCUGCCGCGAGAAUGAGACAAAUGGUGUAGACGUCGGCACCGCCACUCCACACACUCCGGAAACUCUACAUCCGUCCCGUGUACCCCCUGUACCGUCCACAAAUACUUAUAUUGGCUGCAGUAAAACGAGGAGAGACAGUAGAGGCUGCAGUUCUGUACCUAUCGGUGUGGACGCUGAGCAGAAAUGUGAGGACGAUUACGUACAGAACAAAAGUGUGAAAAAUUGUGUCAGGUCCGAGACACACAGAAGAUGCACUUCCAAUGAGAAGCUAUACGAGCCGACCGACCAUUUCCAGAGGCAGAGAGAGCAUACGGAGCGACAGUCUGGCAGACGGCACGAGUCGCACUGCCCCUCGGGAAGCAGAGGACGGCCCGUGACGAACGGCUCUGCCGAAAGCUUCUGUUCGACACCUUCUCUCGGAACCAGAGAGUUGCCCCACCAUUUGCGAGGUGAUGUCGAACUUCUCGAGAAGUGCCCGACUUCUUCAGACUACACUGAAACUAUUUCUAGCUCAAUUACAGCCUUGAGAACGUCGUACAAUUCUGCCAGUUCUUCGUCCGUCCCGAAGACGAAGCCGAGGUCACGCCGAGCUGUCCGACCGGCGACGUCGUCCGGUACAGAUGUGCAGUACUUGAGUGGUUCACCGAAGGACCGGGAGAUCUCGCAGGGGAGAGGCGGACAGCAUUCGGAGUCUGCCUGUGACGAGAGUGCGACUCUGACCCCCUGGUCCGGCAGCCUGUCAGCACCGCAGAGCCUCCACCUCAGGUUUGUUGAAAUAUUGGAUGAACUGAAAGAAAAGCUACUCCAGUGUGACGAAUGAAGCAUUAAGAAACACACAGAACCAUGCUGCCAUAAGGCACGUCAUCUACCUCUACAUCCAGUCGUGGAUGCAAUAAGCACUUGCUCGUAUCGUAAUACACGCCUCAUUGUUUCAUAUUUCUGUUUAACGUUUUUGAUCAUCUGAAGAAGGCAUGAAGGAUGAAACUGAAUGAUCCAAAGUCAAGGUGAGAGUAAUAAAAGCUUUGCUCAUUA